GGGUCUCGUCCUUUGAGCGCUGGACGCGGCCUGUCUCGGCGUGGCUCGGCCUUGGGCGCUCGGCCUCUCGAGCUCCCCACAGUCCUGCGUGUCCACCCAGGCCAGCACUGGAAGGAGCCUCACCUGUCUACCAACUCUGAGGACCUAGGAUUUGAGGUUCAGGAGAAGCCUCGAAGAUGUCUAAUGACCCGCCCCCUCCUUAUCCUGGAGGCCCCACAGCCCCCCUCCUGGAGGAGAAAAGUGGAGCCCUCCCAACCCCAGGCCAAACCUCCCCUGCUGUGAUGCAGCCCCCGGCAGGCAUGUCACUGCCUCCUGCAGACAUUGGCCCUCCACCUUAUGAGCCACCUGGUCACCCAAUGCCCCAGCCUGGCUUCAUCCCUCCACACGUGAAUGCAGAUGGAGCCUACAUGCCUCCAGGUUUCUAUCCUCCUCCAGGCCCCCAUCCACCCAUGGGCUAUUACCCGCCAGGGCCCUACCCACCAGGGCCCUACCCGCCAGGGCCCUACCCUGGUCCUGGCGGACACACAGCCACGGUCCUGGUCCCUUCAGGGGCUGCCACUACGGUGACAGUGCUGCAGGGAGAGAUCUUUGAGGGUGCACCUGUGCAGACAGUGUGUCCCCACUGCCAGCAGGCCAUCACCACCAAGAUCUCCUAUGAGAUUGGCCUGAUGAACUUUGUGCUGGGCUUCUUUUGCUGCUUCAUGGGGUGUGAUCUGGGCUGCUGCUUGAUCCCCUGCCUCAUCAAUGACUUCAAGGAUGUGACGCACACGUGUCCCAGUUGCAAAGCCUACAUCUACACGUACAAGCGCCUGUGCUAACGGAGCCUGGACUGGACUCCCCGCUGUCAGUCUGGACUCCUGUGCUUUGCUCCCUACACUCAGUGGCUCGUGUCCCCACUCCCGCUUGGGGGUGGAAGGUGUUCCACCAGUCCCCUGGAACUCUUGUCUUCUUUGCCUUGCCCUUCCCUGAGCAUUUGACUUCCGGCAAAAAUUGUUGGAUUUAAGGCCAAGGGUCAGCAAGUGGCAGGGAGCUGGCACUGAGCAUGUAUGUUGCUGGUUUGCUUGGUGUUUGAUUCGGAAGAUACACUGGGAAGGGUCUCUGCUGGGGUCUCACUCCUCCAUUUUUAUAUGAGGUGUAAGUCUGGUCCUUAUUCUUCUGGGGCCAAAAGCAGCCAGAGCAAUGGCUAGUUUUCCAGACCUGGGCCUACAGUGGGGCUGUGCCUGUAGCCAGUUUCUAAUCUACUGGGCCAAGAGGGGACGUGAACCCAAACAGGACGGAGUCAUAGGCCAGGGUUUCUGGGGUCCUAGAGGUAGCAUGACUGUCGGAAGGAAUGACUCCCACCCUCAGAACUCUCAGGAACUCAACACCUUGUCCAGGAGCCACGUGGAAUUAAGAGAGAGUCGGCACAACUGCAAUUCAUGGGAUAAGUGAUUUGGCCCUGGCUCACCAAAAGACUUCCCUCUCGCCCCUGCCUAGCUCCCCUUCCACAAUGCCUCUGUGAACAUGUCUUUACUGGGGCCAGAAGGAAUCCCCAGGAACCCAGCCCCUCUGUUUAAAACAUGUCCUUGCUGUGUGUGGGCAUGAUCUUUGCCUGGAGGCUAAUGUAUUCCAGCUGAGACCAGAGAUGGCCAAUAGGCCCCUCCCUGUAGGCACACUCAAAAUUUAAAGUGCUCUCUCUGUAGAUCCUCUUUCUGAACGCUGGGCGCUUCACCCAGGUUGACUCACUGUCACUGUGCUUGCUCCAGGCACUAUAGCAGGAACAACUGUAGCACUGGAUUGGGGACCAGGAAGGAGCAACCACAAGUGGCGAAGUACCCUGGUGGACUAGCCCUGCCCUGGGCCUGAGGCCAUGCUGUCUCUCUUUUCUGAAUGGUUUGUCAGUGAACUUGCACCUGUGGACCGCUGUACCCUGCUGCCACCCCUCUCCUGGUCUCACACUGCCACUGCAUGGCCUUCUCUCACUGUGAAUUGUGACCAGUCUGUUUGUAGUUUCUCAUUAAAUUGGUCCAUUCACUCCUCUGACCUGGGCCUCUGCUCUCUUGCCUGGCUUCCUUCUUUUGCAAGGGGAAGAGGGUGGGGCUACAGGUAGUCUUAAGCGCAGGGGGGCGUCAAGUCUUCAGGGUCUCUCAGUGCUUACGCUAUACCGACUGCCAGGGAUGACACUAGCAUUUAAGUACCUAAUUAAAUUUAAAACAAGCCAGAGUUAGUGUGGAGGAGCCCUGGCAUUCCAGCUGUGACUGGCCCAGGGCAUGUGUUGACUAUCUUACUAUCUCUAUACUGGUUUUACCCAUCUCCACAUCACAACAUUCACCAUGGGAUCGAUAGGCUGGAGCCCUCCAACUGAAGCUCAGGGUCAUCCUACUCUGGAAGCAGAUAACUUCACUCCCUCAGGCAAGACAGAGACACUGGGGCUAAGGCUUCUGGGGGGCGGGGGGGGCAACAGUCGGGGCCCCCAAGUUCUGGACCAGCUCUGCCCCUACCCUCAUCUGAAUUGUGGGGGUAGGUAGGUUGGACAGUAGUUAAAAAAAAGUUCCCCCAUCAUUUAACCCUUUUGUGAAUAAAAUGUUCAGAUCCUCAAUUAUAUAAAAUAGAUGCCUAUUAAUAAAAAUAUUUACAUUCACA